AAUGAACGAAUUAAAUCAGAGAAAGAACAAAUUGAAAUUGAACUUGAUCAAUUAAAGAAAAGUUUAAAUCAAGAGAAAGAAGUGAUUAAAAAUCGUGAAUCUGAAGCAAAAAGUGAACUUACUCGGUUGAAACGUGAGACGAAAGAGGUUAGCGAAAAACUCAAGACUAUACAAAAUGAAAAGAGUGCUUUGACAAGCGAACGUGAAGUUUGGAAACGAAAAGAGAAUGAAAUUACUUUAGCUCAAAAAUCUUUGAAAACGGAACUUCUUCAAAAAGAAUCUGAAUUAAAGGAUUUACAAGAUGAAAAGAAACGUAUUGAAGCUCAACUGAACAAAUCAAAAGAUGAAAAUGCAAGGUUACUAGAUCAAUUGUUCAAUGUAGGAAGUUCCAAAGGAGGAGGUGAAGAUGGUACCAGUUAUGAAGCUCUCGCGAUGAAAUUAGAUGAGGUCGAAAUUGAAUCAAAUAUGAAAGAUUCUCAAAUAUGCGAACUAGAAAUAACCAAACAGAAGUUACAAACACGUAUUGAAAGUCUUGAAGCAUCUACUGCUCGUUUAACUACAAAAUUACAAGCAGCUAACGCUGAUUCCGCUCAAAUAAGAAAAGAUUUCGAUAAUUUGGUCCGUGGACUUGAAAAUCGUUUGACUAAGUCACAUCUUGAAAUUGAAGAACUUCACGCCCAUAUUACUAAACUUAAAGAGCAACUUAUUGAAAAAUCUCAUUCGGCCGGUACGAACAAACAAAGAACAAACGAAGAUGUAAAUCAGCUAGCCAUGGCUGAACAAACUAUUAAGUCAUUAAAAGAACAAAUUGACAAAUAUAAAGUUUCACAAGGUGAUCUUGAACAAAAACUUUUCUUAGUCAAUAAAAAAUUAUCAGAAGCUGAUGACGAACAACAUGCAAAUAUACGAACAUUUGAGCAAUUAAUUGCACAAGCAGAAAAAACUUGCAAUAAUCUUCGAAGUAAGCUUGAAAAAAUGCAGAAAGAACACGCCCAAGAUAAAGAACAACUUAUACGUAAUCAUCAAAACGUUAUUGGUAUGUUUAAUAAACAAAAAGACGAAGAAAUUGCUCAAAUUACCAAAGCAAUGCAGAUACGUAUAGAAGCUAUUGAAAAACGUCAUAGGGAUGUGGUGGCCGCUGAAUCUAGUGGCAACGAUGGUUCAAAUUCGAAGAAAGUUAUAAUAUUGGAACAAGAAAAAACCCAAUUGGAGAAUUCAUUAAAAUCAUUACAAGCAGAGUGUGCACGGUUAGACGAAACACUUAAACAAGUACAAAUGGGAUAUUUGAAUGCGGUUAGCGAUAAGGAUCAGCUGACAAAUGCAAAACGUGAAGCUGAAAAGAAGAUCAAAGCCAUGGAGGUUGAACUACAAACGAUCAAAACUGAAUCAAGUAUGAAAGACACUCAGUUACAAGAAGUUUUGGCAAAGAAUAUGGAAUUGGCAGUUCAAUUGAGUUCGAAAUGA